AUCUGAUAUUACAGUGUAGAUUGUGAUGUCACUGGGCGCAGUUAUAGGUGACGCAUUUUGAGGUGUUCGUCCAAAACUAAGAUGUCGUUAAAGGAAUCAGGCAAAAGAUUAAUACCGUUUGCAGCUGCUGGCCUAGGAAUUUUUCAAGGACUGGUAUGGACGAUUCUUGCAAUACUAGGUAUAGUAUCUCGCUUUCUCGUGAUAGACCAAAUAUCAUGGAUUACCCACUCGGAAAAAUUAAGCAAUACCUUAACUGCAAUAAUGCAGAAUGAUGCAUCUGAUGGUCCAUUGACAGGCGUAGGGUUGUUUGCAGUCACAAUUGUGUACCUCGUCAUGUCAGUCCUUUGGGUUAUUUUGUCGUCAAUAUUAUUUAUUUGUACAAGGGCACAACGUCACGAUUAUUUGAAUGGAGUAAGAGUUGCAUGGGGAGUGCUAACGCUAGUCAUAUGCAUUUAUGACGUGAUCGUUACAGGAAUGUUGGGAGCUAAUUACAAGGAAUAUCUUGAUUUGUAUAACUCCACCCAUGCCUCGGGCGUUCUAUACGUACUUAUUGGAUAUGGUACUUUAUUUUCUCUUGCAGCUCGUGGAUACGUCUUAUGGAUUAUUAAUUUAGUGGCUUCUAUCUUAAUGUUAAGAGGUGAACUUAAUCAAAAGACGAAGGCAAAUACCGACAUCUACGACUCAAGUACAAUCGAUGCAUUUGACGAACCCAGAACUCCAUAUCCAGGUCACAACAAUCCUGCCUAUGGUUGGGAGAAUGAGCAACCGAAGUUCGAUGCAAGACCGUCAUCCGGCAACCACGACUAUCCAGGAGGAAACAAUUCCCGGCCGCAAGCAGAUCGUGUCGCUGGAUUGGGAAAGCAGGGUCCUAAAAGUUAUCCACAAAAUAUUUUGCCUGCGGAACAGCCGAAUAAUUACCGAUAUCCCACUCCGCACAUACCUCAACCUGAUUACUACCCUCCGCAGCAAUCUAAUCCCGCCAUGAAGAGAUUUCCGCCGCCUCCUCCUAACCCUAAGUUUAACCGUAAUGAAAGGUAUUAAAAAUUAGUGAUUGCCGCCUUUGACUAAAUUAAAAUACACGGUUAUGAUUCAUUGCUUAGCUAUAUUUUGUCAUUGCGUUUGUUAUAUUUGAAGAAAUACAAAAGAAGUUGCAGAAA